AGGGUUCGAUUCCCAGUAGCUAACAAUCCCAAAAAAUCCAACGCCGAUUUCUGGCGCGCUUCUGCUACAAAAUCAACAACAGUCAUGGAGACCGGCGACGAUUUUCCAGUCGCCGCCGAAUUGAAGCGUUGUAAGCAGAAGCGAAAAUUACAACCAAAAUCCAAAAACAAUGCUCCUGAAUCUCCAACCACCGCGCCGGAAAAAGUCGCCGGCGCCGGAAUUCCAGUCUCAUUGUUCGAUUAUUCAGUAGAGAAUCACAUCAAAGCAGUUGAUACAAUUUCUAAGCUCACCGGUGUACCAGAAAUUGACGAUACUGAUCGAACUGAGCUUGAUCGCUUAGCUUCCUCCAUCACAUUCUUAACAGAAUGGAGAUAUCUCCAGUACAAAAGAAGAGAAGUUAAAUUUGCUUGUGAGAAUGAGAGUUCAAAAGGAAAAGAUGUGAUUGGUGAAGUAAGUUUGCCUCAAUUCUCUUCUGCGGAAGUUCCAAAGAAGCAUUUGGUGAAUGAGCAGCCAGUUCCCAAAGAAUCGAGCAAAGAUUUUGUAAUGUAUGUUGGAGGUCUAGCGUGGGGGAUGGACUGGUGUCCCCAAGCUUAUGAAAAUACGGAUGCUCCUAUCAAAAGUGAGUUUGUCGCAAUUGCUCCUCAUUCUCCUGAUUCAUCAUAUCACAAGACUGAUGCCCCACUUACAGGCAGAGGUGUAAUUCAGAUAUGGUGUCUUUUAGAUCUCAGGCAAAAAGAUUUAAUUGUGAAAGAAGAUUAUUUAGCUCAGGUUAACAAAAAGACAUAUCGAAAUUUGACAAGAAGUGAAGCAGCUACAGGAGAAAUAUCUGGACCUCAAAAACCAAGAGGAAGACCAAAAAAGAACCCUGGUGAAGCAGUUAAGGAAAAUGCAUCCGGACCUCGAAAACCAAGAGGAAGACCGAGAAAGAAACCUGUAACUGAAUCUUUAGGUGAUAGAGAUUGUGACGACCACAAUUUACAACCUCUUGCUCUAGAGUACCAGCUGCAAUCAACAGAACUUUCUGUAGAUUUGUCUUGUGGAAAUAUGAAUAAAGCCCAAGUAGAUUUUGGGCAAAAUCAAGAAAGAUCUAUCAAUGUGGCAUCUCAAGAUUCUCAGCUUAUUGUUUCAAAGAGGAGAGGAGUGAGAAACAAGGUAAGAUCGAAAGGUCAAACUGAGAAUUCUGGUGUGAUUCCUCUAACACAAGAUGUUGCUGAAGAGUCUCCUGCUGUGAGUUACCCGACAUAUGCUAGCAAUCGUCUUGUAUCAGCAGGGUCCAAUGAGAGUGGCGCCUCCUCAAAGAGAAGAGAAAAAGAAAAAGAAGGAAUGGAAAGCCAAACUCAUAAUUCUACCUCAGCUUUGCUGGCGCAAGAUGUGAAUGAAGAAUCUCCCAACACGUCCCAAACACCUGAGAGCCAUGGCAUUCAUUCCUCACAGUUUGAUGAGAAUGGUUUUCAUGUAAUGCAGCACAUACCAACGGAUGUUUCUCUACCUAGAAUGGUGUUAUGUUUAGCUCACAAUGGAAAAAUAGCACGGGAUGUUAAAUGGAGGCCUUCAAAUCACUAUGAUGUCUCCAGACACAGAAUGGGUUAUCUUGCUGUGAUACUGGGAAAUGGAUCUUUAGAAGUGUGGGAGGUUCCUUUUCCUCAUACAAUUAAAGCUAUUUAUCCUGCUGUUCAAAAGAAGGGUACUGACCCUCGUUUCCUGAAAUUGCAACCUGUAUUCAGAUGUUCAAUGCUUAAGGGGUGUGAUGGGCAAAGCAUUCCGUUAACAGUGGAGUGGUCUUCUUCCCCUCCGCAUGAUAUGAUUCUCGGUGGAUGUCAUGAUGGAGUGGUUGCCUUGUGGAAGUUUUCGGCCAAUAAUUCAUCUAAAGACACAAGGCCUUUGCUUUGCUUCAGGGCAGAUACAGGUCGUAUUCGGGCGCUUUCCUGGGCACCGUUGGAAAGUGAUUCCCGGAAUGCAAAUAUUAUCAUUGCAGCUGGUGACAAGGGGCUGAAAUUUUGGGACUUGAGGGAUCCCUUCCGUCCUUUGCGGGAGUAUAAUGUAGGCCAGGGAGUUCAUAUUUGCAGUGUGGACUGGUUGCCAGAGCCAAGAUUUAUUGUAAUAUCAUGUGAUGAUGGGACACUAAAGAUCCUUGGCUUGCCGAAGGCUGCAUAUGAUGCACCUGUCACAGGAAACCUUUUAGUUGGAACUAAACAACAGGGAUUCCAUACUUUCACUCGGUCUCUACUUGGGAUAUGGAGUGUGCAAGCUUCUCGAGUAACAGGGGGACUGAGGAUGGGGGUAGAAGAGAAGGGUAUGAAACUCUCUAUGCAUAGUGGCACAGCUUGGAUGACGACGAAGGAUCUGCUUAAUUCUAAGGCCUUGGGUGUUGCGGGCAUGGUUGCAUACUGUGGGGUAGAUGGUACAGCUGCUCGGUUUCAGAUGGCUAGCAGAAUGUAUAAUGAUGCUGUGAGAACUCGUACCCCACAUUUUCUUUGUGGAUCAUUUUCCGAGGAUGAAUCAGGUAUCAGCGUCGUUACUCCAGUGCCAAAUACUCCCUUCCGAAUGAUCUACUCAGGGAAACAGUGGCGUGAUGCCAUCCCGAGAUCUCCACAUGGUCAGGACAAACGAGUGAUAGAGCAAUCAGAUGAACAACCCCUGGCUCUAUGUUAUGGCAAUGAUCCAAACGUUGAAGGAGGAUCAGAUGACGAGUUAGCGUCUCAGGAAUCCAAAACAAAAACAAAAACUACGAGCAAGAAACCGGAAGCUGAUGAAGAAGAAGCAACACGAUUGAGACAGAAAUUUGAAAAGUUACCUCCCAAAAUUUUGUCGAUCCACCGGAUAAGAUGGAAUAUGAACAAAGGCAGUGAGAGAUGGCUAUGCUAUGGAGGAGCUGCCGGGCUGGUACGCUGUCAACAGAUUGAUUUAUAGACUGUUUUGAGUAACUACAAGGGGAGGAUGUAGAUUGUAAGCUUUGUAUUAGUAUUAGUAUUAAGUUAUCCCCUUAGAGAUAGAGUAUGUUGUAUGUAUAUUAGCAAUUUCAAGAGAAGUAUUUGGAGUUUAUUGAGCAUUGGAUAUUUAUAAACUCUUAUGUA